AUGGAGGAGCUUAAGACCGCUCGUCAAAACUUCGAGGUGGUCGACAGGAUGGCGAAGAAUGGCGUGCUUCUUGAAGGCGCAUUUGCAUUGGGUUAUGAACAGCUCCGACGAAACGUUUCAAAUCUAGAAAUCAUCGUCGAGAAGUUGAGGUUCCCAGAUAGGGUCGAUGAUAGUACUGUCGACAAGGCAUACGAGCAAUACUGGCAAGACAAUCCGGAUAUGCCUCGAGAUACACACAGACAAGCUGCUCCUCGGCCCGCCACACAGCAAUCACAAUCAAUCGCCGAUCCUGCCGCUCCUCCUACUCAAUCUGGAGAUGAGGUAGAAGACAGCUUGGCUCAAUUGAAGAUUGACCCAGCUUCUGAGGAUGCGGAGACAGAGGAGGAAGAGAUCGUGGAGGAAGGAGACAGCAGCAGUCGUGCGGAGACUGAUGACAAGUCCACGGAGUCAUCAGCUCCUGCGAAGGCUGAUGUUCCUGAGGAGAAGUGA